AUGGCGUUGGAGUCGUGCUUUACCAAGCAGUCACAGGACAUAGAUCUCCAGCUACUGCCCUCCCCCACACAGAACUCCAGCUACUGCCCUCCCCCACACAGAGCUCCAGCUACUGCCCUCCCCCACACAGAACUCCAGCUACUGCCCUCCCCCACACAGAACUCCAGCUACUGCCCUCCCCCACACAGAGCUCCAGCUACUGCCCUCCCCCACACAGAGCUCCAGCUACUGCCCUCCCCCACACAGAACUCCAGCUACUGCCCUCCCCCACACAGAGCUCCAGCUACUGCCCUCCCCCACACAGAGCUCCAGCUACUGCCCUCCCCCACACAGAACUCCAGCUACUGCCCUCCCCCACACAGAGCUCCAGCUACUGCCCUCCCCCACACAGAUCUCCAGCUACUGCCCUCCCCACACAGAACUCCAGCUACUGCCCUCCCCACACAGAUCUCCAGCUACUGCCCUCCCCACACAGAACUCCAGCUACUGCCCUCCCCCACACAGAGCUCCAGCUACUGCCCUCCCCCACACAGAACUCCAGCUACUGCCCUCCCCCACACAGAGCUCCAGCUACUGCCCUCCCCCACACAGAGCUCCAGCUACUGCCCUCCCCCACACAGAGCUCCAGCUACUGCCCUCCCCCACACAGAACUCCAGCUACUGUCCUCUCCCACACAGCUCUCCAGCUACUGCCCUCCCCACACAGAACUCCAGCUACUGUCCUCCCCCACACAGCUCUCCAGCUACUGCCCUCCCCCACACAGAACUCCAGCUACUGUCCUCCCCCACACAGAACUCCAGCUACUGUCCUCCCCCACACAGCUCUCCAGCUACUGCCCUCCCCCACACAGAACUCCAGCUACUGCCCUCCCCCACACAGAACUCCAGCUACUGCCCUCCCCCACACAGAACUCCAGCUACUGCCCUCCCCCACACAGAACUCCAGCUACUGUCCUCCCCAACACAGCUCUCCAGCUACUGUCCUCCCCCACACAGCUCUCCAGCUACUGUCCUCCCCAACACAGCUCUCCAGCUACUGCCCUUCCCCCACACAGAACUCCAGCUACUGUCCUCCUCCACACAGAACUCCAGCUACUGCCCUCCCCCACACAGAGCUCCAGCUACUGCCCUCCCCCACACAGAACUCCAGCUACUGCCCUCCCCCACACAGAGCUCCAGCUACUGCCCUCCCCCACACAGAGCUCCAGCUACUGUCCUCCCCACACAGAGCUCCAGCUACUGUCCCCCCACACAGAACUCCAGCUACUGCCCUCCCCCACACAGAGCUCCAGCUACUGUCCUCCCCACACAGAACUCCAGCUACUGCCCUCCCCCACACAGAGCUCCAGCUACUGUUCCCCCCACACAGAACUCCAGCUACUGCCCUCCCCCACACAGAGCUCAAGCUACUGCCCUCCCCCUCACAGAACUCCAGCUACUGCCCUCCCCCACACAGAGCUCCAGCUACUGUCCUCCCCCAAACAGAACUCCAGCUACUGCCCUCCCCCACACAGAGCUCCAGCUACUGUUCCCCCACACAGAACUCCAGCUACUGCCCUCCCCCACACAGAGCUCAAGCUACUGCCCUCCCCCUCACAGAACUCCAGCUACUGCCCUCCCCACACAGAGCUCCAGCUACUGUCCUCCCCCAAACAGAACUCCAGCUACUGCCCUCCCCCACACAGAACUCCAGCUACUGCCCUCCCCCACACAGAACUCCAGCUACUGUCCUCCCCCACACAGAGCUCCAGCUACUGCCCUCCCCCCACACAGAACUCCAGCUACUGCCCUCCCCAAACAGAGCUCCAGCUACUGCCCUCCCCCACACAGAACUCCAGCUACUGCCCUCCCCCACACAGAGCUCCAGCUACUGUCCUCCCCCAAACAGAACUCCAGCUACUGCCCUCCCCUUACUCCGCUACAGCCCUGUCUCUUGCAACAAAGAGAAUUUCCUGA